GGCUUCCAGACGCGUGCCGCUUUUUAAACCGACGCAGCGUCUUCGAACACCAAAGAAGGAGUCACGCACGCGACCGUGACAUUCACGCAGCGCGCAGCGUCCAAUAACUUGAGCUGGGAAAGAGUUUGUUUGGAGCAUGGAUGUGUUAAGUCUGGAGGAUUGGAGCAAUGGUGCGCGGGAGGUUGCGGCGCUCAGGGCGCAGCAGCAAUGCUGCAGCAGUCCGGGGGCGGCGGGGAGGGCAGGGAAGCAGCAGAUGGAGGAGUCCAGCUACGAAUCUGGACUCACGCUCGUGGACAGCGGCAGUGACCCACGCGCCUGGCUGGCUCCGGCUUCUGGCAACUGUGAGACACACGAGUACCUGCGGCACUCGCCGUACUCCAGCAACUGCUCUUACAACGAGGCGGACUCCCCCGGGUCUUCGGGACAUCCAAGCCCACCCAGCCACAGAAAAUCUGCCAAGAGUCCCUCCUCUCCCUCGCUCAAAGUUCGGGACCUGUGCCGACUUCGUGGCGCGUCCACGGGGGGCAAAGACGAAGCAUCAGUAAGACACAGAGCCCCCUCCAGCAAGCCGAUUAACGGCAUCCAGAAGCAGAGGAGAGUGGCGGCCAAUGCGCGCGAGAGGAGACGCAUGCACGGGCUCAAUCACGCGUUCGACGAGCUGCGCAGCGUCAUUCCCGCCUUCGACAACGACAAGAAACUUUCCAAAUACGAAACUUUGCAGAUGGCGCAAAUUUACAUCAAUGCCCUGGCGGAGCUGCUCGAAGGUCCAUCUAACACGGAAGACUCCAGCUCCAUUUCUCCAGAGCGUGACAGUAUGCUGUCCUCCCCUGAGACAACGGACAGAGCCCCCCCGUCCCCACGCACAACGCCAGCGCCUGCGCCUGUUACCGGCGGCACGCUGCCGGUCCACAUCGGCGGGAUGCCCUUCCGGUCCUCCUUUGAGGAAAGUUCAUUCCCCGCCAAAGCUGGAGAUGAGCUCUCCGCUCCCUCUCCAUCAUCCUCCAUGCGCGCGGCCGCUUCGCAAUUCAGCCGUGGAAGAAAAGGGUCCCCACGAAGCGACGGGGAGUUUUCCCCCCACUCCCACUUCAGUGAUUCAGACGAGAUCGCGCUGGAACUUCACUCAAGUGAAGAAGAUGAUCUUUCAGAACUCAAGCUGCCCAGCCAUCACCACCAGCACACACUUCCCUUCUGAGCUGUUUAUCUGUCGACUGAAAAAUAGGCCUGUAAUGUUUUGUGUCAAUCAACUACUUUUGCAUUUUUUAAUUAAUUUUCUAAAAAGAAAUUGUCAAUUUUUUAAAACAAAAAAUGUUUUUCUUUCACCAUUUUAUACCUUAUAAUUCGAUUCUGCCAAUAAAGUAAGCUACAUCCUAUAAUUUUUUAGUUUCCAUGAAGACGUGGCUGGAAGACCCCCCCCCCCCCCUGCCAUGUCGUGCUCAGCACUGCCACGGGCAUUUUCCACGUCACUCCAUUCAUAAAAUCCGUCUUCCACAUAUAAUGCAUCAACUUUUAUGAAUCAGAAAAACAGUUGUGUUCCCAUUUUUAUUUUAGUUUUUUAUUAUAUUUAAAUGUUUAACUUUCAUUUUGCAACUUUAAAAGUUCUUAACGUGCACUUUAACAGAAACAGCCAAGAGGCUUUAGAUUUGCGGCUUUUCGUCCCCUUAAAAAACAACAGAAAGAAUAUAAGUUCAUUUAGUUUAGUGUAGCACUGCCAUACUUGUUACAAUAAAUUAUUACCCGUAGCCAUCAUCACUUCUUUCUUUUGUCAUUUUUCUUUUGUAACAUCUGAUUGUCUCUCGUCCUUCACUGGCUGAAAUGAUUCAUGUAUGAAAUGUAUUUAUUUCUUUUGUUUUGCUUUUUGUAAAGUUGUUGGAGAAGAAGAAGCGCUCGUUUUGCCAUUCUUUGUUUUUGUUUAAUUUGUUUUUGAGAAUUUUAAAUAAAUAUUAAAAUAAAGAAAAUGAGCGUUUUGUCUGUUGCUUUUAGGAUUUUUGGACAAGAAAACAACAAUUGUAUGAUUGUUUUAUGGCAUUUUGACUUUAAUAUCUAAUAACAUUUAAUGAUAAAGAGUUCAGUCAUUUACAGAUUGAGUUAAAAUGUUUUGCAAAAGUGGCCCAAAAAAACUUGAUUUUUAUUGCUAUAUUUUGUUUUUUAACAUUUUUAAAAAAUGCUUUCUCAUUUAUCUCUGGACCUUUUUGUGCUAAUUUGAGUGACAAAGUGUAUUCUGAAGAUUAUUAUUCAAGGACAAAUUGUUGGACAAGCCAGCUGUAAGGGUUUGAAUUUAUUUGGGAAGAUUCGUAGCAAUUUAUAAGUUUAUUUUCAACAUAAAUAUUCACUAAAAAAAUAUUUAAGAAGAAAAUUCAUAUUUUCUGACAUCAAAUAACAAAUUAAAUGAUUUUUAGCUUCACUAUGAAAUAUUACUAAUAAUAAAUAAGUAAAAGAAUGACAAAAUCCUUUAAAAUGUUAGUUUUUCGGCUAUAAAAGUCCCUUUAUUUGAAGGUUUCUAGGAGCAGAGUGUGAAAAAAAUGAUUGUAAGGGCUCUAAACCCUUUAACAAUCAAAAGGCCAUCAAGAGCCCAUUUAAAAUAUAUAUAUAUAUUAAAAAAACAGUAAUGUAUUACUUCC